AUGGACAGCCUUGACCUGCCCACCCAUCAGCUCAUCCUCGACAGCUUGGCUCUCAACCUGGCCGAGGAUAUUGCCAACGUCCCUUCGGCUCGAUCCCACGUCCGUUCCGUCUUUGCCCAGUCUGCCACCACCAGCAAAGUCACCACUGGCUCAAAGCUGUUUCUCUCAGCCUCCGCCGCUAGGACGCAGAUCAGCCUGGCGCUCUUCGCCUCUUCCAUUUCCUCGGCCUCUCGAUCUACGGAGCACACCACCGACAUCAAGAACGAUGAGCAUCUCGUCCCCGUCCUCGACGAUCUCGAGCAGCUCCUUCGCCAGCUCACCCUGAUCGACUUUGACCAGGACAUGAGCUGGUCCCAGCACCCGCUCCCCGAUCAGCUCGUGUACGCUCUCAUCUCGAGCUUCCUGCGCGUCGCCAUCAACGCUCCUCACCAUCGCACUCGUUGUGUCAACGCCGUCUUUGAUCUUGCCGCCAAGCUCAGCGAUGCGCUCGGUGCCACUACUGGCGAUGGACACACCGUCGUUGUCAAGCUCGUGCCCCUCUUCAAUGGCUUUUACAGAGCUGUUGCGACCACCUCGUUCGCUUGGAAGCUGCACGAAUUCGCUCGCCUUGCCGACGUGCUCAACCCCAUCCUCGUCUCCACUCAGACCGUGAGGAGGCUCAACGAGGCACUUUUGCUCCUCCACGCUCAAACCGACGUACGUCAGCAGGCGGGUCGAGCUACCCGACGUGCUCCCAAAGUGGCCACCGUCCGACCCACCGAUGACCAGUCUGAGGCCAGCGUCGACACCUUCUUCUCUGGUGACGAGGACGAGGAUGCCGACCUCGUUGGGCCCGAAGGUGGUUUCACUUUUGCCGGCGAUCCUUCCUCAGCCCAAGAUACGCAGGACUACCGCAUCUCAUUCCUCGCCAGGUAUCGCCUCGCUGGCGUGGCGCUUUCGGGUCAUUACAUCCUCCUCUCCUCCAUCGACAUCCUUGCCACUGCUUUGGCCCAAGCGCUCGCUGUCAACGCUCGUCCUCCCAUCGAGGACUUUUCUGACUUCCAGAAGCUUGGUCUCGACCUUGACCGCAUCGACCCCAGCCGUCAGUCGCAGGCAGAUCGCUUCGACCUCGACUCAGACUUUACUCAGAAUGACGCCGAGCACAUCCAUAGCCGCUCCAUCCUCGCUCCGGGCGCCACCAAAAAGGCUUGGAACUCGCUCCUCCGUUACUCGGUCGAUCCUAACUUUUCCAUCUCGCCUUCCACGGCCGCGGCUGCCAAUGGUCACGCCAAUGGCAACAGCAGCAGCUCUGCCAACGGUGCAGCUCCAAAUGGCAACGGCAAUGGCAGCCUCCUCGCUGGUGUUCCCGUCAUCGGCUCGCUUGCUUCUAGCACAGACAGGUCGGCCGCUUUCGGUCAAACCCCCACCCAGACCUUGAAGAAUUCCUUGCACGACCUCGACGACACUCUCUACGCCGUUCUCCGCGCCAGCAACAAGAGCUUCCACGACGUCCAGCGCUUCCUCCUCAGCGAGGGAUUCAAGAGCCUUGAGGUUCUUCCCGAGCUCCACGUCCCCGAAAUCCUUGCCGAAAGUCUCAAGCUCUCGGCACUCUGCUCUGUCGCCCGCAGUCUCGCCGGCGGGGUCAACAUCGACAACAACGUCUUUGUUCGCAUCCGCUCGCUUCUGAGCGAGACUGCGCCCCUCUACGACCCACGCUUGCAGGGAGCUGCUCUGCAAAGCGUUGGUGUGCUCGUCCGCAACAACAGCGCGCUCGCCCUUCCCAUGACCCGCGUUCUUCGCCACUUUGUCACCUCGCCCAUCCCCAUCUUUGCGCCCAGCGCCCGCGGUGCCAGCUCGCCUGUGCUGCUAGCUGCCGCCCGUUGUCUCGCUUCGUGCGUCACCAUUGCUCCCGGCGAUGAUUUGGUCGUCUCCACCAUGUACAACCUCCUCAACUAUCUCGGAAGGGACACUCCGGGUGGUCUUGGUGUCGGUGGCGUUGCCGGCAGCGGAGUUUCUGUGCGCAGCGGUGCAUCGCGAGCCAUCACUGCCCGCGACCAAGUCAACGGCAUCCCCAUGUCUGGUUCGCAGGCCAACAUCUCGGCUCGUUCCGAAGACCAACGAAGGCUCAUCAACCUCAGCACCAUCACCGUCAUCUCGCGCCUUGCUUUGGAGGUGGGCAAACCCGAUGUGACUGCGCUGACCAUAUCGAUGCUGCUGCAGCGUCUCCGCAACGCCGACAUCUCCGCAGAGGCGGCAAUCCUCGACAACGUCGUGCCCCUGGCCCUCGCCGGUCCUCGCAGCGCCUACAUUGACGUGGUGAGAGCCCUCUCUGCGGUUUCCAGAAGUGCUCUUACCGGUGGUGCCAGCCGCCGCGCUGCGGUGGCCGUCGAGUCGGCUCAGCUCAAGCUAGCCCGUGGCCUCGGUCGUCUCGACGAACGUGACGAGCGAGACUCGGCCUCCUCGGACGAAAACGAAGCCUCCGGCGGUCGCAAGGAGAUCUUCCUCGUUGAGCUGCUCCAGCUCUUCGCAGAAAAGGGCAUGCAGUUGCAGACUGUUGCUUCCUCCGGCAAGAGCAGCGCCGAGGAGCUGGCUGAGCUCAACACGGAUCUCGCCACCCUCCUCCCAGCCAUCGCCGCCGUCCUUGAGCACAAGGACAUCCAUCCAGAAGUGCAGCCCACCACCGAGAUGGUAUCGCUGUUCCGCAACAUGUGGUUCCUCUCUGUACUCUUCGGCUUUGCUUCGCCCUCCAACAUCAAGAACAAUAUUACCGCCGAAGGUAAUACCAUCGGACGCCCUACUUCGGCUGCCGAAGCACAGGCUGAGAUUGUCGGCAAAGCGCUUAGCUCCAUCUCGCUCAAGACGCCCACAUUGGUCCCGGAGACGGCCCACAACUAUCUCGAGAGCGAUCUCGAGUACAACUCGGUGCUCAAGCGCGAGUUCUCCAACCAGACGCUCGACUCGCAGCGCAAGGCACUGAGCGCUGUUAUCCCCACGCACGCUUCCGACGUCCGUUCGUUCAGCUAUGCGCAAGUCACGUUCCUCUCUACCAUCUACGACCUCGAGUGUCUUCGCAGCCGCAUGGGUCGUCCCUCCAUGGUGCUCUCCUACUUUACCAACGAGGGUGUCAACAACAGCGCCCUGGUUGGAUCGAUGCAGGCGAUCGCAGACAAAGUGAUCGACUUUUUUAUUCGUGAUCUCGGCACCCAGGUCAACAGGCACACGCUCGAUCCGCGUGUGGCCAACGAGGUCAAGGCGCUCAUGCUCGGCUGCUGCCACCGUGUGCCCAAGGUGCGCCAGGUCUCGCAGAACAUCCUCAACAAGCUCGUCUAUGCGCUGCCGUCGUUGCUGUGCGACCAGGAUGUGGUGACCACCAUGCUCGAGAUCCUCACGCUUCUUCGCGAAGGCUGCGAGGCCGAGUACAAGGACGAGUUCGCCCCAACCUACCAUUACACUUCGGAGCGUGCCAACAUCUCGUUCGACUUGUCCGACUCGUAUGUGCAGAGAAAUGAGAUUCUCUCGCAGUUCCUCACCAAGUCGCGCGAGUACCUCUCGUCCAUCAUCGCCCUGGCCCCGCUCGAGCUGCAGGGCAUCCUCGAGCGAUACCUCGGCACGUUUGACGACUCGUUCCUGCCCGACCGCAGCGAGCUCGGCAAGAGUGUUGCACUUGAGUACGCUCGCAGCAUGCCCGUUUCGGCUCGCAAGGAACGUCUGCUGCCCAACCUCGGUGGAUGGCGCUCCGACGCGAGCAGCUCGUUCAUCGGCGAGCUUUCUGCCAAAAGCACCUACCUUGGCGAGAUGACGGGCAUCCACCUUGCGCUCACCAAAGGUCUCGUCGAGCUCUCGCACGACCCCACCACCAACAUGUCGCCUGCUAGCGUCGCCGAGUGCCGCCAACAGCUUGCUGCUCUGUCCGACAGCGUCAGUAGCAAGCGCAGGGUGCUUCCCUUUGCCGAGCUCCGCCGUCUGCUCUACCGAACCGCCGCGCUGGUGGUUGCGCUGCCCGAGCCGGACUACGAGCUGCUCCACUUUAUCGUCUCGAUCCCGUUCCUCGUCUUCACGCCCGAGGCUAUCUCCACGGCAUGCCAGGUGUGGACUUGGGUGAUUGGCGCACGUCCUCAAGUCGAGACCAAGAUCAUGGUUGAGCUCACCAUUGGCUGGGCUAUGACCGCCAAGGCUCGCAAAGGCAUCUUUUCGCCUAAUCUCACCUCCAAGCACCCCUUCCUACGCAAGACCGAAAUGGGUGCCUUUGACCGCCAAGAGAUCACCGCCGAGCAGGAGCAGGCCGCUCGCCUCUUUACUCCACACCUCACGCUCAUCCACCUCAUCUCAAGCCGGUUCCAGGCGUUCCGAUACCGCGACCCCACCAUGGUGCUUUCACUGGUGCGCCUGCUUCAGCAUGCGGGCGCCGCCGUGGACCGCAUGAGCACCCAUCCUCUGUCUCGAGAAGCUCGAUUCACUCUGCUCAACUUUGGCCUGCGUCUAAUCCAGACCAGCCAGCUCGAGGGGCUGGUGGAGCACUACCUUCGCGAAGCGCUGUACAAGCUCGCCUUCGGCUGGUUCGCCGGCUCGCCGCAGUGGUCGUUCGGCGGCAACCGUCUGCAGCUGAGCGCCGACAUGCAGGUGCUGCAAGAGACGCUCAACCUGCUGCAGCGCGAUGUGGUGCGUGCCGACCAGCACGUGACGAGCUUCCCUCCAACGCUGUCGUCGGUACGCAUGCCCGGCGGGUUGACGUUGCAGGAGGCGGUCAAGUUGUUUAACGAGAAGAAGAAGCUGCUGCAGCUGUUGGUGGAGAACGAGUACGCGCGUCUGUCCGUUUGGGCCAACCCAUUGAACAACAGCAGCAGGGGUUCCGACUUUGUCGGCACGCUGAGCAAGUCGAUGACCGAGGCGAGCUGGGGUGGGCUCGUCGAGUCAGCUUGGCGUAUCAGCCCUGCGGUGGCAGUGCAGCUUGGCCUGCGUUUCCAAUCCAAGGCGCUCAAGAGCACGCUGGGUCGACUGAUCCGCAGCCAGCCGUACAAGACGGUCGACAUCCCGGCCGCGCUUAAGUAUCUCUUGGAGGACCAUCUCAAGCUGGCCAAGAAGGAGAACGCGGAUCUCAAGUGGCUUCAAUACUGGGCCGCUGUCUCGCCCGUCGAAGCCAUCGACCUCUUCCAACCGGAGUACGAGAACCACCCAAUGGUGCUGCAAUACGCCAUGCGCUCGCUCGAGCAACAUCCAGUCGAGCUAACGUUCUUUUACGUGCCGCAGGUGGUGCAAGCUCUGCGCACCGAUGCGUACGGCUACGUGGAGCAUUUCAUCUUCGAGACAUCCAAGAUCUCGCAACUCUUCUGCCACCAGAUCAUCUGGAACAUGAAGGCCAACAGCUACCGCGAUGACAACGCCGAAGAGGAAGAUCCCAUGAAGCCAACGCUCGACCGCAUGGUGGAGAACAUCGUCAAUGCGCUUUCCGGUGAAGCGCAGGACUUUUACGAACGCGAGUUUGGCUUCUUCAACGAAGUUACGUCGAUCUCGGGUAAGCUCAAGCCAUACAUCAAAAAGAGCAAACCAGAGAAGAAGGCCAAGAUCGAUGAAGAGAUGGCCAAGAUCAAGGUGGAUCCUGGUGUGUACCUGCCGUCGAAUGCGGACGGUGUGGUGGUGGACUUGGACCGCAAGUCGGGCCGACCGCUGCAGUCGCACGCCAAGGCGCCGUUCAUGGCCACGUUCAAGGUGCACCGCGAGGUGAUCAAGCCGGGCGAUGAGGGUGAUGAAAACACCCCACCCAAGAAGACGGGGGUGGACGUGUGGCAGGCAGCCAUCUUCAAAGUAGGCGACGACUGCCGACAGGACGUGCUGGCGCUGCAGGUGAUUGCGAUGUUCAAAAAUGUCUACACUACCGUGGGUGUGGAUCUGUACCUCAACCCGUACAGAGUGACAGCUACCGGCCCGGGGUGCGGAGUGAUCGACGUCGUGCCCAACGCCACGUCGCGCGACGAAAUGGGACGCGCCAAGAUCAACCACCUGCUGACGUUCUUCAUCGGCAAGUACGGCAAUCCGGAUUCGGUGGCGUUUCAAAAGGCGAGAAUCAACUUUAUCCAGUCGAUGGCGGCGUAUUCGGUGGUGUGCCACAUCCUACAGAUCCGCGAUCGUCACAAUGGCAACAUGAUGAUCGAUGGCGAUGGACAUCUGGUGCACAUUGACUUUGGAUUCUUGUUCGACAUCGGACCGGGAGGCAUGCGCUUCGAGCCGUACUCGUUCAAGCUCAGCCACGAGAUGAUCGACGUGAUGGGCGGACCGGGCAGUCAAGGGUUCAGGAUGUUCGAAGAGUUGGUGGUCAAGGCGUUUUUGGCGGCGCGGCCGUUCUGCGACGAGAUUGUGGAUACGUGCAAGUUGAUGUUGGGCACCGAGCUGCCGAGUUUCAAGGGCAUGCCUACGAUCGACAGGCUGAGGGAUAGGUUUAAACCGGACUUGACAGAAAGGGAGGCCGCAGCGCAUGCGCAGUGGUUGGUCAAGGAUGCGUAUGGUAACAGGCGGGCCGUGCUGUAUGACAAGUUGCAGGAAGUUACCAACGACAUUCCUUUCGCUAGGUAA